AUGGUUCGUUUAAAGACUAGAUAUAUUCUAUUCGAAGUGAUACUUUCACCUCAUAUUAUUAACAUUGAUGAAAAUGAGGACCACAUAAAUACUGUCCAUUUUACAAAACAUAAUAUUCUUUUAUCACAUCAUAGACCAUGUCCAAAAGAAAUAUCAAAUAAAACGUUGUUACAAGAGAUACGACAUUCUCUACAACUCAAUUUCGGUGAUUAUGGAUCAGGGAAAGUUGGCUCUCUACUUCAAUUCAAAUACUUUUCUAAUAAUACAAGUACUGGCAUUAUAAGAUGUCAUAGAGAAGACGUAGAUACACUAGUAGCUGCAUUGACUCUUAUUAAUAAAAUCGGUGAAAUCAAUGAUGUUAUUAUUAAUCCAGUCAAAGUGAGUGGAACUAUAAAGAAAAUUGAACAAUACUCCAUAAGAAGAAGUUCAAAAUUGAUAUCGUUGUUAAACAAAUCUAGAAAACAGCAAAAAUUAAAAGUCAAUUUAAUUAAUGAUUUUACUAAAAUAGAGGCAGAUAUUGAAGAAAAUGUUUGA